GUUACUCCUUUAUCUAUGUUCUUAUGUUUAUUUUGUUGCUCGUUCCAGCGUUUCACUCGUCUUGGUGGAAAACUUCCAAAGGGUGUCUUGCUUGUUGGCCCACCUGGCACAGGGAAGACUAUGUUAGCAAGAGCUAUCGCAGGAGAAGCUGGUGUUCCUUUCUUCUCAUGCAGUGGUAGUGAGUUUGAGGAGGUGUAUGUGGGUGUUGGAGCUAGGAGAGUAAGAGAUCUAUUUGCUGCUGCAAAGAAAAGAUCCCCUUGCAUUAUUUUCAUCGAUGAGAUUGAUGCAAUUGGUGGACGCCGCAAUCCCAAGGACCAACAAUACAUGAGGAUGACCCUAAAUCAGUUGUUGGUUGAGCUAGAUGGUUUUAAGCAGAAUGAGGGGAUCAUUGUCAUUGCUGCUACUAAUUUCCCAGAGUCAUUGGAUAAAGCACUGAUCCGACCUGGGCGUUUUGACCGUAACGUUGUUGUUCCCAAUCCAGAUGUGGAAGGUCGACGGCAGAUUCUAGAAUCUCACAUGUCAAAGAUCCUGAAGGGAGAGGAUGUAGAUCUUAUGAUCUUAGCCAGAGUUACCCCUGGCUUCUCAGGUGCAGAUCUCGCGAACCUUGUGAACAUAGCUGCAGUCAAGGCAGCAAUGGAUGGGGCUAAAUCUGUCACAAUGGCUGAUCUCGAAUAUGCGAAGGACAAGAUCACAAUGGGCAGCGAAAGGAAGUCAGCAGUGAUCUCUGAAGAGAACAGGAGAACUACAGCGUUCCAUGAGGGUGGCCAUGCUCUUGUUGCAAUCUACACUGAUGGUGCAAUGCCAGUUCAUAAGGCCACAAUUGUUCCUCGUGGAAUGGCCCUCGGCAUGGUGAUGCAGUUGCCGGACAAGGAUCAGACCAGCCUGACACGCAAGCAAAUGCUUGCUAGGCUGGAUGUUUGCAUGGGUGGCCGAGUCGCUGAAGAACUAAUAUUUGGGGAAAGCGAAGUGACUUCCGGUGCUUCCUCAGACCUCAGGCAAGCCACUGCACUAGCAAGAAAAAUGGUGACCAAGUAUGGGAUGAGCAAGAAGGUCGGUGUUGUUACUCACAACUAUGAUGAUGAUGGAAAGAGUAUGAGCACAGAAACGAGGUUGCUGAUCGAGGAGGAGGUGAAAGAGCUUCUCGAGAGAGCUUAUAACAACGCCAAGACUAUACUCACCACUCACAGUAAAGAGCUGGAUGCGCUAGCAAAUGCUUUGUUAGAGAAGGAAACUCUAACUGGGGCUCAGAUUAAGAGUUUGCUUGCUCAAGCGAGAGAGGGGAAGCAGCAGCAUCAGCAGCAGGAGGUGGUGGUUAAUGCAACA